CAGCCGGCAGCUGCAUGCUCCUGGUGCCCUCUCCGCCCUGUCUCUGUGCCCCAUAUCCCUGAACAUUGAGCCAGUGGUUUUGGGUGGUGCCUUGGCAUAGCCACCUCCAGCCAUGGCAAAAUCACAUGUCAGCCCCCCCCCCCCCGCCCGAGUGUGCCCAGCAUGCGGCUGUUACCAGCCUGCUGGUGUCCGAGCUUUUGGGAAACACCUCUGCCAGCUUUUUCCUGCGAAUGUGAGGGUGAGACGUGCUUGGUUUGAAAUGCAGGCCAGAGGCUCAUUUGUUUCCAGGAGCUGGAGUGCUCAGAUAAAAAUAUAUAUAGGAAACCCACAUGUAGAGGUGCAGUGCUGCCAAUGUGCUGGGUGCUGUACAAACACAAAAGCAUGCACAGUCCCUGCCCUGAAGAGGCUGCAAGGCCUUGAUCCUGCAAGUACGUAAGCAGGAUUUAUUUGCUGACUUUGCCAUCCUGAAAGAAGAUGGGAAAGGGCUACAAAGUAGUGAUUUGUGGAAUGGCAUCAGUGGGAAAAACAGCAAUUUUGGAGCAGCUUCUCUAUGGAAAACAUACUGUUGGUUUAGAAGAGGGUGCAACAGUGGAAGAUGUGUAUUUGGCUUCAGUCGAAACAGAUCGUGGGGUAAAAGAACAGUUACGUCUCUACGACACUACGGGUCUGCAAGAGGGAGUAGAGUUUCCAAAGCAUUACUUCUCUGUUGCUGAUGGUUUUAUUCUUGUGUAUGCUGUGAACAGCCUUGAAUCCUUCCAGAAAGCAGAAGUGAUCAAAAAAGAGAUUGACACAGUGAGAGACAAAAAAGAGGUGACAGUUGUCGUCUUAGGAAACAAAACUGACCUUACAGAGCAAAGACAAGUGGAAACAGAAAUAGCACAGCAAUGGGCAAAGGCUGAGAAGGUGAGACUGUGGGAGGUGACAGUGACGGAUCGGAAAACGCUCAUUGAACCUUUCACUUCAUUAGCCAGCAAGCUUUCCCAAUCCCAGAACAAGUCAGCAUUUCCCUUGCCUGGGAGGAAGAGCAAAGGCAAUAACUGUGAUAACUAAAAACCUGUAUUCCAGGGGAAGCUGUCUAGCUGCUGCUGCAAGGGCAUGGUGUCUCUUUUUCUCUGCCAGUUGCUUGGCACAUUUUUGCUGAGGCAAUACUGAAUUCAGAAUUAAAAGCAGCAAAGUCAUGAAUGUAGCUGUCCCUCAAGUAUUUGCUUGGAAAAUCACAGCUGGUCAAGGUCUCAAGCACUUCACAAGGAAGCACUUUGUAAAAAUGUUGUAAUGGUCACUGGGGAUGGGGGUGUUGUUUUUAGUGGGAAGCUCUAUUAAAGCCCACAUCAGCACAGAGAUGUGCAGCAGCGAUGGCCAUCUACAUCCCCACAUGGCCAUUUCAGAGUGCUACUGGGUCAAGUUCACAAGUGGACAACUAGUAAACUACUCCAUAUACAGCAUGCAGUCAUCCAGCCUCUGAUGUUCCCCUUUCGCAAUUGCAAAAACUCCUGGCUGCAGCAAAGGAGUAAGGGCUUAUCCGUCUUCCCACGGCUAGGGAAAGAGUAUGUGUGAUGUAGUUUCAGCCCGUUUGUGCCUCACUUACUACCCAUGGGUAGUGUAUACAGUUGGAGAAGUUCCAGGACAGCUGAGUGAGAAUACUCCAGGAGGAAUGGACAAGAACAUUGCCUACCUGGCAGGGAUAUGUGAGCAUCAGUGUUCCUGCUGCAUGUGGAAAUGAUGACAUUCCAUGAGUGAUCCUCAGAUAGGUCAGGCCUGACUUGCAACGAGCGAUCAAAGGCUGGAACGUGAUGUGGCUUCCUUGUA